UAGCCUAGCCUAGCUUGCAGCUCGCUCCGUCUUCCUCAUUCAUUCUUCUCAUACUAAUUCCAGGCAAAGCUAUACGGCGAAGAGCCGUUCGUUCAUCCAUUCAUUCAUUCAAUCAAUCAAUCAAUCUCAAUAGAAGAAGAAGAAGAUACGGAAAUCAUCAUUCUCCAUCUAUCUAUCUAUCUUGAUUCCUGAACUUCAGAUUUCAGAGCUUCUGAUAGAUGGAGGCAGGAAAACCGGGUGAAUUUUUAGCUAAUGGGAUAGCUAUAGAUGGAAUUGUGAAUCCUGCAAUUGAUCAAUCAAAUCCCGAAGCAGAUUCUGGGAAUAAUGUUGUUCUUGGGAACUUGAAGAAUAUUACUACCUAUAUAUAUAGGCAAGAUGUUGUGAGGAACAACCGUGAUAGUAAGAUCGGUAUUGUGAUGGAAGUUGCGGGUGAUUCGGAUUCAGAUAGCAGUAUAACUGAUGACGACGAUGAUGACGAAGAUGAUGAUGAUGACGAGGAUGCCGGUGAUGAUGAGGAUGAGAACAAAGAUUAUGGAAACGUCUGUAGUGAAAAUGAUGCUGCUGGAAAUGACAGUGCUAGGAGUGCUGAUGAGAACAAAGAGUCUGGAAAGAGUGGUCCUCUUUCUCCUGACCAGGUUCGGGUGCUUUGGAUUGAUGAAACAGAGACGGUAGAAAAUCUUAAUGAGGUAAAAGUCCUUGAUAGGGGUUUUUUACAUGGGGAUUUUGUUGCUGCAGCUUCAGAUCCAACAGGUCAAGUUGGAGUGGUUGUUGAUGUCAAUAUGUCAGUGGAUUUGUUAACUAGUGAUGGUUCUAUAAUAUACGACGUUCAAUCGAGAGACUUGAAACGUGUUAGAGAUUUCACUAUUGGUGACUAUGUAGUACAUGGUACUUGGCUGGGUAGAGUUGAUGAUGUAUUAGAUAAUGUUACUGUGUUAUUUAAUGAUGGUUCUAUGUGUAAAGUAUUGAAGGCUGACCCGCUUCGACUUAAACCAGUUGGCAAGAAUCUCCUGGAAGACAGUCAUUUCCCUUAUUAUCCUGGCCAACGAGUAAAGGGUACAUCGUCAUCUGUUUUUAAGAAUUCUAGGUGGUUGUCUGGUUUGUGGAAAGCUAAUCGGCUCGAGGGCACUGUAACCAAGGUCACUGUUGGAUCAGUAUUUAUUUAUUGGAUAGCUUCUGCUGGCUAUGGGCCUGAUUCUUCUUCUUCACCAGCUGAAGAACAGAACCCAAAGAACUUAAAUUUACUUUCUUGUUUUUCGCAUGCCAAUUGGCAAUUGGGUGAUUGGUGCCUUUAUCCCAAACCUCCAUUAUCUUCUUCUAUUCAUCUGGCCAAGGGUCCUUCAAACCUAGAUAUUCAUGACUCCACAGAGACUGAGGUGAAACAUGGUUGCAAUUCAGAAAUGGUCAGUCAAGAUGAACCUAAUGAGAAUGGCGAGACAAUGGAGGUUGAUGUAGAGAAUGAAUUGGACUCCUCCCUUGCAAACAUAGAUGGCAAUACCAUAGCUGAGUCCAGCUCAUGCGGUAGUUCUGUGUCAGUCUCGAAGGAGCCUGUUCAUGAAACUUGGCCUCUUCACCGCAAGAAGAUUAGAAAAGUUGUAAGAAGGGAUAAAAAGGCUCGCAAAAAGGAUGAAAACUUUGAAAGGGCUACCCUGAUUGUCAACACUAAAACAAAAGUUGAUGUAGCAUGGCAAGAUGGAACUACAGGACGGGCAUUGGAUUCUAUUUCUUUAAUUCCUAUUGAUAGCCCUGGUGAUCAUGAGUUUGUAGCAGAGCAGUAUGUGGUGGAGAAAGCAGCUGAUGAUGGCAAUGAUUCUCUUGAAGUUCGGCGUGUUGGUUUAGUGAAAAGUGUUAAUGCAAAAGAACGGACUGCUUGUGUUAGAUGGCUGAAACCAGUGUCGAGAGCAGAAGAUCCUCGAGAGUUUGACAAAGAGGAGAUGGUUAGUGUUUAUGAGCUUGAGGGACAUCCAGACUACGACUAUUGCUAUGGUGAUGUAGUUGUUCGGUUGACACCUGUUUCAUUUAUCACAUCUCUUGUUGAGUCAGAGCAAGUUGCUGAUGAUCCAAAGGAAAAUCUUAUAAAUUGCAAGGAAGAUAAGAAAAUAGUUGCUUCAUCCAAUGAUGAAUUCUCAGAUCUCUCUUGGGUUGGGAACAUUACUGGUCUGAUGAAUGGUGAUAUUGAAGUCACAUGGGCAGAUGGGAUGGUUUCCCUGGUUGGCCCUCAAGCAAUCUACGUUGUUGGUCGUGAUGAUGAUGAUUCCAUUGGGGCUGGAAGUGAUGUUAGCAAUGAAGCAGCAAGCUGGGAGACAGUCGAUGAUGAUGAGAUGGACACACUUGAUGAAAGAAUUGAGGAACAUGAACAACAAGAUGAUGCAGGUAUGACUCCUAAAUCAGAGGACAGCACAGCAAGUGGAGAUAACAAUAUUAGGACUGGGCCACUUUCUAUACCCCUUGCUGCCCUUGGAUUUGUAACCCGUUUAGCAUCUGGAAUAUUUUCCCGUGGGCGUAAGGACCAGGAAUCAUUUAUCCAUGAAUCCUCCGAUGAACAUGAACUUGAAUUUGGAGCAACAGAAGUUCAUGCGGGUGAUUCGAGCAAGGAUUUAAAUUCCCAUGGUUCUAAUAUCAAUGAUAACUCUGCACCUGACACAACAGUUGAAAAUGAAGUUGUUGAACCAUCUCUUUUGGAAGCGGCAGAAGUGCUUUGUUCCUUGAAUUCUGUAACUAUACAUGGUUCGUCAUCAAAUGAAAAUGGUAUAUCUGUCUUCAAAGGGUUUGACAUUGCAAAAGAUCCUUCAGACCACUAUUAUAUAGGUGCAAACAGACAGAGUAAUGCUGGUCGAAAGUGGCUAAGAAAGGUACAGCAAGAUUGGAGUAUCCUUCAGAAUAACCUGCCAGAUGGGAUUUAUGUGCGAGUGUAUGAAGAUCGUAUGGAUCUGAUAAGGGCUAUAAUAGUUGGAGCAUACAGUACGCCUUAUCAAGAUGGGCUUUUCUUCUUUGAUUUUCACCUUCCACCUGAAUACCCUGAUGUUCCACCGUCAUUAUACUAUCAUUCAGGAGGUUGGAGAAUAAACCCAAAUUUGUACGAGGAAGGCAAAGUGUGCCUUAGCCUUUUGAAUACUUGGACUGGCAAAGGCAAUGAAGUAUGGGAUCCUUCGGCUUCAAGUAUUCUUCAAGUUCUCGUGUCCCUUCAGGGUCUAGUACUCAAUGCCAAGCCAUAUUUCAAUGAAGCUGGGUACGAUAAGCAAGUUGGGACUGCGGAAGGAGAAAAGAAUUCAUUGUCCUACAAUGAGAAUACGUUCUUGCUCAACUGCAAGACAAUGAUGUAUCUUAUGCGAAGACCUCCAAAGGACUUUGAAGAGCUUGUGAAAGAACAUUUCAGAAAGAGAGGGCAUUACAUACUGAAAGCUUGUGAUGCAUACUUGAAAGGAAACCUAAUUGGUUCUCUCUCGAAAGAGGCAUCUCCUAUAAUAACAAGUGAUAAAAAUAGUGCCAAUGCAAAUUCUGUCGGUUUUAAGCUCAUGUUAGCCAAGAUUUUACCAAAGCUCUUCACAGCACUUAAAGAAAUCGGAGCUGAUUGUGACGAUGAUGCAUAUAAGCAUUUGCAGCAGUUGUAAGUCGCUUUAUUCGAAAUGGACAAAACAGUGCUGACCGAGCGACGAAGAUUGACCAGUUAACAUUAAAUGCACACAUUUGGAAUGUGUAAAAUUGCUUUUACAUGUAAGUUUCUUCUCUAUUUUGAUGAAUUAUAACCCAUUUCAUUUUUUUAUGGCUUCUCUUCUCCCUAUAUUUGGGUUGAGGCAACAAUUUGGUCAACUUAAUUGUGACAUUUGUUCUGGUCAAGAAGAUUUCUCAUUUCUCUUUU